AUGUUAAUAUUCAGUUAUCAAUUUAAGUAAAAUGACUGUGCUCACACAAUAAUUAUGCUUCUAAUAUUUCAUUCUUGUUUCAUAGUUGUAACAUGUUCCAUUCCUGAUGCCUUGCCGUCGCAUCUCAGUUCACAGAAUAAUAACUGUACAUCCGGUUCUACAAUAGAAUAUGAUUCGACGUGUUCCUUUGACUGUGAAACUGGAUACAACAUUUCAGAUUCUACGUCGAUAUCUUGUACAGAAAGUGGAGCGUUGUCAACAGACCUUCCAAAUUGCACAGUUGUGACGUGUUCCAUUCCUGACGCCUUCCCGCCAUAUGUGAGCCCAAUUAACAAUGACUGUGCAUCUGGAUCUACAAUAGACUAUAAUUCGACAUGUUUCUUUACUUGUGAUACUGGAUACAACACUUCAGAUUCUACGUCGAUAUCUUGUACAGAAAGUGGAACGUUGUCGACAGACCUUCCAAAUUGCACAGUUGUGACGUGCUCCUUUCCUGACGCCUUCCCGCUACAUGUGAGCCCAAUUAACAAUGACUGUGCACCUGAAUCUACCAUGGAAUAUAAUUCAACUUGUUCCUUUUCCUGUGAUACUGGAUACAACACCUUAGAUUCUACAUCGAUAUCUUGUACAGAAAGUGGAGCGUUGUCAACAGGUAUUCCAAAUUGCACAGUUGUAACAUGUUCCAUUCCUGAUGCCUUGCCGUCGCAUCUCAGUUCACAGAACAAAAACUGUACAUCCGGUUCUACAAUAGAAUAUAAUUCGACAUGUUCCUUUGCCUGUGAAACUGGAUACAACAUUUCAAAUUCUACGUCGAUAUCUUGUACAGAAAGUGGAGCGUUGUCAACAGACCUUCCAAAUUGCACAGGUAAUUACAUAUUCUUUUCCAGUUUAGAUAUUCACAAAACUAUAGAUUCAACGUGA